GGACGUGAGAUCGCGCGCAUGUUUACAACGGAAAUCGGAUUCGGUCGUUCGUUCGUUCGUUCUUGAUUGCGUCGCAGGUUGCAGUUAUCAACAAACAGUGGUGAUAAGGACCGUGCGCACACGUGGUUGGUUAGGCAGAGGAGAGGAAAGUUUAAAAAACGAACUGGUUUAACGGGCAAUUUGUUUGCGCUUUGAUAACAUCUUCACUGGUGUUGCUGGUGCCAAUCAAACUGUGGUGAUUUGUUUGCCUGUGCGUGUUGGUUCUGUUGGAACCGUCAGGGGAGCGCUGGUGGCGGCCGAUUGGUUCUGGUUUCAAUCCAAACAAAAUUUAUUUUAGCGUGUUGUUUAUGACGACUCGUACGCGAUUGAGUUCGCAGAGUGUUAGCGAGAAAUUUACAUCCGCGUUUUUUUUGUUUCGUUUCUAUCACUCUACCAGCUCCAGUUUUUCGAGCGUUUGAUUUUCGGCCAAGUGUUACUAAAAUAGAUAAAUAACUGCCAAUCCGGACGACUGGAUAUUUGUGUAUUCGGGUUUUUGCUGCCCUCUUGGCGCACUACAUCGCGUCGGCUUUCGUGCGCUAAAACCCGCACUGCAUGGAAGUAUGAAAUCGCGUGGCCUUGGGCAAGCAGUUGCCAGUGCCACUCCAAACCACCAAUCCGAGAGGGUGAUUUAUUUGCACCAAAUUGUGUUUUAAAUGUUAUCAAAGCAACCGGACAAAUAUUGAAACAGUGAGAUAGAGAACGCUGGCGCUAGUGACGCGCACACAGGAUCCGAACCGAAUUUGCAUACACAUUGGCCGAUUAUAAGUUGGCCACGGCGCGUAUUGGGCGCGAUAUCGAAACCCGCCCGCGCUGCCCAUAAAAAAAAGCAUCAUUAAAAUUCUGCACCACCACAAAUAAACGGCAGCUCAGCCGGACGCCGAAGGCAAAUGAAUCGUUGAAAAACAAGUGAAAUUAAUGGUAAUUAAACAUCAAUUCGGAUCGAAGUGUAAAUUUGCUGCAUGGUGAUGAGGUUCGGGGGAAAAAAAUCACAACCGGAAAAUAUUCAAAUUCCGGUGCCAUAUCGGUAGCUGCCGCGCACACAGAGACGACACACCCCCGCAACACACGGUCGUGAGGCGAAAUGGCUGAUGAGAAAGUGUUGUGAGUAACGAAAUUGGCAGAACGAAUGUGGAAAAUUUUAAUAUGUUUAAUUGAUGGGAAAGCAAACUGAUAGGUAUAAUUGGUGCUUAAUUUAGUCGGUUCUGAUUAUGCUGCUCGGGUGGGUUGAUGCCUUCAGUGGAAAGUGAUGUGAGGUUGUGUUUUUCGGAGGUAGACAGUUCAUUUUGCGGUUUAAUUGUGCAGGAGUGGACGCGGUUAAUUGUUCGAACAAAACCGCCCGAACAACAGCAGUUUGCUCCCUUCUGGUAUGCCUAGAGCACCGCCUACGGUAAGGAAAGAAUUUGCUCCGGUCAUGCACCGAACCGGGUGAGCACUUGGUCAAUGAGACGAAACGAAGUACCUACAUACGGAAGAAAGAAAACCAUUCUGACAGCGGGAACCUGAUAGGAAGGACGCGGCUGCAGGCUGGUUUCGGUAAACGAUUGAAUUAUGCUCGGACAUGCGUCCCGGUAAUGAUGCUUCGUGAGUCCAAUCAAUAGCGCUCUAACAGGCCAACCAACCAAAGGGGCAAACGACGAUGAUGGCAGGCUGAGUGUCAUUGUUUUCCGUGACGACCCACAAUCGUUCCGAGAGCGUUAUGGGACAGGGUUUCGUUCGUUAACUAAUUGACCUGCGUUUGUCGCCGAGUGAGACAAAGAAACCUUGAAUCCUGCGGGCACAUUCCGAGGGGAACGGCUUUCCGCAGAGGAACGUUAAAGAACCCUUUAGAAGCGGGUUUCAAUUUUGAAAUUUAUUGUCGCUGUGAGGAAAAAAACAGCAGUAGCAGCAGCGAAGUUUCGUCGUGCCGCGUUGUGAUUUGAUGCCAUAAAUAAGAUCCUGUAGUGUGUGGAUUUUUUUUUGUGCCUUACUAGUUCUAGUGCAGGAAGUAAAGAUCCUCCGGUUAGGGUAGAGGAAGCUACAGGCAGGAGAAUGGCUAAGAAGAAGAAAACGCAACCCCCGACGGUGAUGCCGACGUCCAGCAACCACCACUUCCAGUCAAACAACCAUCAUGGCGGCAAGAAAGCGCCGCCGCACAAAACUCGUGACUCGGACUGCUGCAGCAUCAAUUUUGUGAAAUACGUGCUUCAUAUAUUCAAUAUCAUUUUCUUCAUGUCUGGUCUGGUGAUAAUAGGCGUUACCGUGUGGACUGUGCUUUGGAAGCACCAGUACGUAUCGCUUCUGUCCACGACAAAUUAUGCCAUUGGAACGUACUCCCUGCUGGCGGCGGGUCUCCUAGCCGUGCUGGGAGGAAUUCUGGGCUGUUGCGGUGUUUGGCGAGAACAUCGAGCCAUGUUGCUGGGGUACACCUUCAUCCUGCUGUUCGUCUUUCUGCUGGAGGCAAUCGUCGGCGGGCUGGCUUACCUGUACGAAACACAGAUCGAAAUCGAGCUUCAGACCAGCCUGAACAGCACCUUCAUGGAGCAGUACGGAGUCAAUGAGCGGCAAACGGAAGCCAUCGACAGAAUGCAACAGGAGUUUGGCUGCUGUGGGGCGGUUCGAUUCGAAGACUGGCGCUACAGUGUGUGGCUGCGGUCUCGCCGAAAGGAUCUCAUCCGACCGACCGAAGGCCGCCGGGUGCCGGACUCGUGCUGCAUCAGCAUGACACCAAAGUGUGGCCUCAGUGAUGGCCCCAGCAAUAUUCCCUACACGGGCUGCAUCUACAAAAUGGCAGACGAUCUGAGGCACCACCUGAUCCUGCUGGGUGCGAUUGGGUUGGGUAUUUGCGUGAUUCAGGUGUUCGGUAUGAUCCUGUCCUGUUGUCUGUACGUCAAGCUGAAGGAUGUGCUCGAUUGACAAAAACCAGCGGAUCCAAUAGUUGAACUAAUGGAUCCGCUGCCGGACAACAUCAGUCUCAUCUACGGGUACGACGAUCAAACGAUUUAGGGUCUUAUGGUGGUCGAUGCUUGCUGUGGUUACAGCUCACCCGUAUCGAUCUCGUCGAAAGGAGCGUGCAUUUAUCGGUGGAAGCUUCUCAAGUUGAGCUCACUGAGGUGGAAAAUUGUUUGUGUAAAGUGUAAAUAACAAUUAAUUGUAGAGUGCGAUGCUUUCUAGACUAGCAGGUUAGCUGUUACUAAAGUUAUGAAAAAACGUUAUCUCAUCCACAGAUUUAUCAGCUUGUUAACCAUAGGAUCUAUAUUUAUUUAAAAGCAGGGAAAGUACAACAUGUAGUUUUUACUAACGCAAUUAGAACAAAGUAUAGUCAUGAUUUAAGGACAACUAUUAGAGCCAUAACUACCAAAACACAAUCGAAGGUUCCAUAAUUGGUAUAAAUGUAGUGAUUAAUUGUUUUGAAGAAUAGAAAAAAUAAUAAAUGU